AAGGGCUCGGAGCUGGGCAGCUCCCGGCGCCGCGGAGCUCGCUUUCCCUUCCCUCCUCUCAGGCCCUCCCUCCUCCCGCCCACUCGUUCCCUCCCCCAGCGCUCUCCAGCCUGCGCGCCCAGGGAGCUCCCCGACAGCCUUCCAGGAUUAUGGAGUUUCUGAGCGAGAAGUUUGCCCUCAAGAGCCCGCCAAGUAAAAACAGUGACUUUUACUUGGGCGCAGGAGGCGCGUUGGAGCACGUUAUGGAGACGCUGGACAAUGAGUCCUUUUACAGCAAAGCGUCUGCAGGCAAAUGCGUGCAGGCCUUCGGGCCCCUGCCCCGCGCCGAGCAUCACGUGCGCCUGGAGAGGACCUCGCCCUGUCAGGACGGCGGCGUGAACUAUGGGAUCACUAAAGUAGAAGGACAAGCCCUUCACACCGAACUGAAUAGAGCUAUGGACAACUGUAACAGUCUUCGAAUGUCCCCCGUGAAAGGGAUGCAAGAGAAGGGAGAACUUGAUGAACUUGGGGAUAAAUGUGACAGUAAUGUAUCCAGCAGUAAGAAGCGGAGACAUCGAACCACCUUCACCAGUUUGCAGCUAGAAGAGCUGGAAAAGGUCUUUCAGAAAACCCAUUACCCAGAUGUCUAUGUCAGAGAACAGCUUGCUCUGAGAACAGAGCUCACUGAGGCCAGGGUCCAGGUCUGGUUUCAAAAUCGAAGGGCCAAGUGGAGGAAAAGGGAACGUUAUGGUCAAAUACAACAAGCUAAAAGCCAUUUUGCCGCCACCUAUGAUAUAUCAGUUUUGCCAAGGACUGACAGCUACCCACAGAUUCAGAACAAUUUGUGGGCAGGAAAUGCAAGUGGUGGUUCUGUGGUUACUUCAUGCAUGUUACCACGUGACACUUCCUCCUGUAUGACACCUUAUUCUCACUCGCCUCGGACAGAUUCCAGUUACACAGGGUUUUCUAACCACCAGAACCAGUUCAGCCACGUGCCCCUCAACAAUUUUUUCACUGACUCUCUUCUUUCUGGGGCUACCAAUGGACAUGCAUUUGAAACAAAGCCAGAGUUUGAAAGGAGGUCUUCCAGUAUCGCAGUUCUUCGAAUGAAAGCCAAGGAGCACACCGCCAAUAUUUCAUGGGCAAUGUAACAUACAGUACUCUUUUAUUUUUCUUUUAAUAGCAAAGUAAAACAUUCUUAUUUUUCAUAUUUAAAGGAUACCACAAUAAGCUGCUGUGUGUGGAAUUGCUAAAGGUCAAGAUAUUCAGUAAGACCAGCUUAAAUGAAUAGUUGUUAUUUAACAUUAAAAUCUAAGAAUGAACCUCUGAAAAGACGAAAUAGGUUUACCAUGCACCAGUCUCCACAAAACUCUGUUUUACUAGUAAGAUUUUUUUUCUAUCGUACAAGUCAAUGAAAUAUGAUCAUGCAACUUCUUAAAAGAAUAAAUGUAUUAAACAAA